UGAUAGUGUAACUCCCAGUAAUAGUACUAUUAAAUAACACGUCGAAAUCCAGUUUUGCGUUUUCUACAUAUGCAUUCUUGUUACCUUUCCUAAUUUAUGUGAUUGUUACACUAUUCAUCUGAUGUUUGAUCACAGAUAUUAAAUGUAAUGAUAAUGGUAAACGUUAAACAGGUGCUGAAGAUAAGACACGUACAACGUUGGCGACCAUUCGGAGGAAGGGCCAAUUGACAGAUUACUAGGAUCUAUACUGAGAUUUAUUGUACCAUGCACUUGACGUAAGGAAUAUGUUUAAAGUUUCAUUUAAUCGGAAGCUUUAACGUCCUCACAGUGACGUCACUGUAGCGACAUUGAAGCUCCCUAUUGGAUGAAAUCGCAACAACUGAUUUACGUCAAUGUACGACUAAAUAAACCGUAUUAUAUUAGCAAAGCAGCUGAUGCACCCACACUUUCUGGAUGCAUCUCCCCCGUCGAUGGUUCAUGUCAGUGUGCCAAAAACGUCAUCGGCCAGUUGUCAGUCCUCAAUAGGUUAGAUUAGGCGUCGUGUUAGGUCAAACUGUUUGGGAAGCUGACUACUUUUGCCUUUCCUAAAACUCACCUGAGAAAAUUGGUGCGGUUGUGUUAAGUGUGACCAAAAAUGACUAAUGAUGCGAAUAAUACUCAGCCGAGUAAUGCAGUGGGAAAGAAGAACGACCAGGUGCUCUCACGACGUUUGAAUAAAAUAUUGGAAACAAGGUUAGAAAAUGACAAAGAUACAAUUGAGGCUCUGAAGGAACUGUCCACGUUCUUCUCCGAAAACACCUUACAAACGCGUCGUAAUCUGAGAAGUAAAAUUGAAAAGAGGAGCUUGGCUAUAAAUGAGGAUUUUCUAUCCGCCUUUCGAGAAGUAAAAGAGGUGCUUGAUGGUAUUUACGAUGAUGUGAUCGCAAUGAAUAAUUCUGUUCUUAAUAUGACCGGCCGAUUACAUGCCACAAAAACCAAAACUUAUCAACUCAUUGACCAGACUACUAAAUUGCAAGCUGAAAGUCAGAAGAUAACUUUGCAACAAGACAUAGCAGAAGCAUUUCUUAAGCGUUUUCAGCUUACAUCAUCAGAACAAUCUGUACUUCGAAGUUCCCAUAACUUGUCAGUAACUGGAGAGUUCUUCACAAUACUUGAUAGAGUGCAAAACAUACAUAGUAACUGUCAUAUGCUCAUGCAAUCAGGGCAUCAGACUGCUGCUCUGGAAAUCAUGGAACAGAUGGCUUUAUACCAGGAAACAGCUCUUGAAAAAUUGUAUCGCUGGACUCAGAGUCACUGCCGCAAUAUUGAACUGGCUGAAACCAGUCUUCUUUUGACCCAGGCAAUGACUUAUUUACAAAACAGACCUAUUCUUUUCAAAUAUGUUAUGGAUGAAUACUGUACUUCAAGGAGAUCUGUAUUAGUAAGAGCAUUUCUUGAUGCUCUGACCCAAGGAGGACCAGGUGGAAUGCCAAAACCAAUUGAACUUCAUGCACAUGAUCCAAAAAGAUAUGUGGGUGAUAUGCUGGCCUGGUUGCAUCAGACAAUUCCAAGUGAAAAAGAAAAUUUAUUGACACUUUUGAAAGGCUGUGAUAAAAUAGAUGUAUUGGAACAAGUACAGGAAGCUCUAUCCAAUAUUACUGAAGGGGUUUGCCAUCCAAUGAAAGUGAGAAUUGAACACAUCCUAGCAUCAGAAAUGAAACCAACAGUGCUAUAUGGAAUAACCAAUUUAGUUCGUUUUUACCAUCAAGUUAUAGGCCAGGUUGUUUCAGGCGGUACAUUGAUUACAACUUUAGAAGAUUUACAAGAACUCAGUCAGUCUACAUUCCUUUCAGUUUUAGAACUGGAAGUAAAACAACAUUUGGGAGUUCAGGUGGAUGGUACUACAGUAUCCCCUUCAAAUUUGACUCCUCCGACUGAUUUGGCUCCACCUCCAGCAAUUGCUCGGCUGUUGGGAAUUUUGAAGGAAGUUCUGGCUGUGGCUAAUGUCGCAGAAGGUCGAGCGGAAGAUCUUACAAAAGUUGUAUCAUGCGUCAUGAAUCCCUUGCUUCAAGCUGUUAACGAAAGUGCAGCUCGGCUACCAAGUGUAGAUAUGGCAGUAUACUUGCUGAAUUGCAUGUAUAGCAUGCAUACUACUCUCUCUCUGUACGAGUUUGUGGAUGAAAGAUUAGAGAGACUUCAGGCACAGUCUGAUGCUCAACUUGAUACUUUAGCUUCUGAACAGGCUAGUUCCCUUGUUGCCAAUCUCAACCUUGGUCCAAUUUACACUAUACUGCAAGAUCCAAAUCGUGGAAGUCUGUCAUCUAUUCCGGGCAUGGAACCAAAUAGUUUAAAAAAUUUUUUGAACAAAUUAGAAGGUUUCUUGGUGGUGCCAGAUGCUCUAGUUCUUCCCCAAAUGAACCUUUUGUUAAGUAGCAACCACCGAAUCACCACUCAGAGAAGAGCUUUUGAAGUUAUUGUAACAGUAUACCAACAGUUAUAUGAUGCUGUUCAUGAUCCAGCUAAUGGUUACCAACAUCCUGAUCUUCUAAUGACCCGAUCACCUCAAGAGGUGACUCAUAUUCUAAUGAAUUCUUAAAAUAAUGUUUUCCUGCUUGUGAAUUUUGUUGAAGGAAGUAAAUUAAUAUGUUACAAUGGAGCUUUUUCUUUUAAAAGUUGGUACUGUGAUGGUUCCCCUGUAAUCUCUCCCUUCCAAAUGUUUACACACACCCUUCUUUAAUAACCAUCAGCUGUCUACAAGAG